CGCACGAGACUUUUGACACAGUCCCCAGCACGCGCGCAUUUGCGUCCAGAUCGCGGACUGUGCUCAGUGUGCUGGAGGCGGGGAGGUAACGUUACAGCGAGACCAACUUCUGAUCCUGUAAUAUCUCGGAUUAUACUAAAAGGAAUAUGUAUACGUUACGAAUCGUCAUCUUUCUCGUAUGUGGUUUCGUGUUACUCAAGGUGUGCAUUGGCGCCUCUGUGGACAGGUAUGAGAGUGCCAAACCCAGAACAACAGUGGUCAACCUCUUUCACACCCUAGAGAAAAUAAACACAACAGAGCACCAGGUGGACAGUGGGACUAUUGUGGAUGAAGAUGACGAUUAUGAUGAAGACGGUCAUCUCUCUGAAGAUUAUGACUCUAACAAGCCAAGAGUGGCAUUUUCCACCAAACCCAAACAUCCAUCAGUGAUUCCCACUACUGAGAAGAAGACAAAAAAAGGAAAAAGGAAGGGCAAAGGAAAAGGCAAGGGAAGAAAGAAGAACCCCUGCCUGGAGGAAUACAAAGAUUUCUGCAUUCACGGAGUGUGUCAGCAUCUGAAGGAGUUGAACACUCAUUCUUGUGUUUGUAAAGCAGGAUACUCAGGAGAGAGAUGCCAUAUAUUUACCCUACCAGUUGGUAAGGAGGAACAGCGUUACAGCCGGACCACAGCUCUAGCAGUCAUAGCUGUGGUCUUAUCCCUCAUGUGUCUCGCAAUCAUCGCUAUUCUGCUGGCACUAAGGUACCACAAAAAAGAUGAUGCUGAUGUAGAAAGAGAAGAAAAGGUCAAACUUGAAGCAACGUCAGUACAGAAGUGAUAAGGGAAGAAAGGGCGAAGAAAGCCAAAAGGACAUGUGACCCAUGGAUAGAUAACCCCCGUUUAAACUGAUCCUAUGCCCUUGAUGUCCUGCAGUCAUGGUGGCUGUCUACACUGGCAUGAAGGAUGUUUUGAAUGCUGCUUCCAUGUGCAGUACAAUGUCCUUAUCAAUGUAUUCCCCUUGUGGAGAACAUACUGAGAGGACUGAACCGAAUGAAUGUAUUGCGACUUUAAUCAAGUUGCUUUUUUUUUGUUGCUUAUUUAUUUAUUUCAAAAAGGGUGUUUCUGGUUCCCUUUCCAAUGGUCUCUCCCAUUGCGUAUACAUGCUUAUGGGGAAAUUAUUGUUUACUCUUGAUACUGAAGCCUGAUUUGUUCACGUUCGUGUACCUGCACAAACAAAUGGUGCUUCAACCCACCAAAAGGGGGGGAGCCAACUACUAUAUAAGUCGGCUCAGAGAGCCAUUCGUCAAAAUGUUCUCCUUCAGCGACUCCUUGCUGGACUCUGAAGCAAGAAGCCGACGCCGAAGCUGACGCUAGAAGCCGGAGCUCAGCAGCUUGCCAUAGACCAGCCCCUGGCAGCAGAAGAUCGCUGAGCUCCUUCCCCUGCGGCCAUCUGGCAACUUAAGAGCAAAUUUCAAAAGCAGAUAGGCACGGUGAGUGUGUCGCUUGACUGGGCUGCGCUCACCGGGACUGAUUACCCUAUUUGCGAGAGCUUUGCUCUCGGAUCGUCAUUUUCAACAGAGGCAGUCCUCCACAGCCUGCUUCCUCGUUUCUCCCCACCCAGGAACCUCGGAGGAAGAAACAUUGGGGCUGCAGGAAUCCCCUGGGCUCAAGUGAUGUCAUGCUGGCUCAAGCCCCAUGUACCUCACUCUUCCCGCAGCACCUCGAUUCGCUGGUGUGUUUCACACGUGAGGACCAGCGCCCCUCUAUGUCAUUGACGGCCUCUGACACAUAGGACUGGGCAUGUCCCGGUGAGGACCUGGACCCCCUCCCGUCCUCUCAACCAAUACGGCCCAGCGUGGACAGCGAGCUGAUCCGCGUUCUCACGAAGGCACGCCUCCUAUUCAGCUUGUGUUAACUCUUCCACUUCUGCUGCUCUCACCUCUGUUGAUGGUGCUGAAGAAAAAGGAUACAGCAAGCUCCCCCCUUUGGAGGAGGCGAUUGCUGCUCAUUUGUGCCCUCCAUCAGCUUUGGGGGUAAAAGCCCAUGCAGUGCAUCCGUCUAAGCCCUGCAGAACGACCUCCGCUCUGGCGAAUAGAGCCUAUGUAGCGGUUGGCCAGGCUGGCUCAGCGCUACAAAAGAUGGCGGUGCUACAAGUGUUUCAGGACAAACUCCUCCAUGGCAUGGAUGAGUCUGGACAGAAUCCUGAGGCCUUCAAAGAACUGCGCACAGUGACUGCCCUGGCUCUGCACACUAAAAAGGCCACUGCACAGGCGAUUGUCAAGGCCAUAGCCAACGUGGUGCUGGAGUGCCACCUUUGGCUUAACUCAACUGAAAUCAGGGACGCUGACAGAGUCGCUCUCCUGUCUCUCCAAAGGGACUGUUCGGCCCAGCUGUGGAUGGAUUCACUGAGCGUUUUACAGCAGCUCAUAAGUCCUCGCAAGCUAUGCAGGACUUCCUGCCAAAACGUUCCAGUUCGGUGGCUGCUACAAGUCACCAGAACGCUCCAUCCACUCAACAGCCUGCCAAAGCUGCGCCAUUAAAGUCCCAGCCUCCUCUGAGAUCUGAGCCUGGGCUAGAACAGCGCUUCAAGAUGGCAAAACAAUUUCCAUUUCCGAAAUGCCAAGGACCCCACCCACAUCUGAUGCUGGAUCCUGAGCCUCAAAAGCUGUCCUGAUCAGCAAGAGAGGAAGAGGAAAGGGCUAAGUCUCGCAGAGGCUGGAUUUCCCUCAAAGAAGGGUCCUGUCUGCAUUCCAUUCCCCAGCCUUGUAGGCAAUGGAAGCUCUGUUCUAACUGGACCCGCCCUUCAGCCCAAUAAAAUUACUGCUGUGACAGUGGACCCACAUACUCAAAAGAGCAAUUCUCCACUUUUCACUGUCAUGGCGGUCAGGUCCCUACCCUAUAGUGGCAAUCUGCCAAUCGAAAAGCUAAAACCACUGUCCAUCUAGCUAUCCCGGAUGUGUCAGGUUGUAUUACCUUGACGACUGGCUGUUGCUAGCCAGGUCGGAGCAGGAACUUAUCGCUCCCAUAUCGUUGUUACUCAACCAUCUAAAGCAACUUGGGCUAAAGAUCAAUUUAGCCAAGAGUUCUGUCAACCAGCCAGUGAAUCGUCUUCCUGGGGACAGUGUUCGAUCCAGCCCAAAUGACAUGCUGUACAGGGGCAAUGUAGCUCGCCCGGUUCAAAUGAUCUGGUCUGUCUUCUAGAGGGCAGAGGUAGACCUCUACGCCUAAGAAGACAACUUUUACUGCCCAAUUUACUUUUUAAAGCACCAAGAUACCCGGGCCCAUGAUUGGCCCUGCGCUCGCUUGUAUGCCUUCCUAGCAGCCUGGACCCGUCCUCUUGUGACAUGCCACACGUGCUAACCUUUUUACAAGAGUUGCUGGAUAAAGGGCGCACCCAAUGUUCCACACUCAAAAGUGGCAGCCAUCGCAGUGAAUCAUGCUCUCGUGGCUGGCCAAUAAGUCAGUAAAAAUGACCUGGUCGUUAAAUUUCUGAGGGGAGCUCGGAGGUUGAACCCGCUUCGUCCUCACUGUGCCGACUUGGGACUUGUCUAUAGUCUUUAGGGCUCUACGAGGUCCUCCCUUUGAGCUGCUCCAGUUGGCUGAUUUGUGGCACCUGUCGCUCAAGACCACCCUCCUCUUGGCAUUAGCAUCGGUCAAGUGAGUAGGUGACCUGAAAGUACUGUCAAUCAGUGCCUCAUGUCUUAAGUUUGAGUCUAACGUCUGCAAAGUCAUCCUCAAGCUAAGACGCGGCUAUGUGCCUAAGGUGCUCUCAAUCCUGUUUAGAGCACAAGUUAUUACCCUUCUAGCUCUUCCUAGUUCAGAGGACAAGCAGGGUCAAAAUCCACUCUGCCUGUUAGGGCUCUUAGAGUGUAUGUUGAGCACUCUGGCCCGAUUCAACACUCGGAGCAGCUCUUUGUAUGCUUCGGAGGCGGCUCCAAAGGGCUGCCAGUUAUGAAACAAUGACUCUUGUUGGAUAGUCAAUGCUAUAGCCCUGGCUUAUGCCACAGAGGGCUCACUGCCCUAUUGGGGUGAGGGCCCACUCCACUCGAGGAUUGGCCUCCUCCUGGGCAUGGUCCAGUGGGAUCUCUAUUGGCGAUAUCUGUGCGGCCGCCGACUGGUCGUCCUAUGUAGGUUUUACUAUGUCGUCCCCAGCGAGUUAAGCUCGGGGCUCAUUCAUACUCAUGCUUCUCAAGGGCCCUUUUUUCGACACGUAGAGCUUCUUAGUUAUGCAAUUACUUAUAGCACAGUGCUAUUUGGAUGCGUUCCCCAUAAGCGUAUAUACGCAACGGGAGAGACCGUUCGAAAGGGAACUUUCCAGUUACUAACGUAAUCUCGGUUCACUGAGAUAAGAGAACGAGCGUUACGUAAGUUGCCGUGCUAUAAGUCCGCACGCGAGACGAUGGCUGCAGCUGACAGUCGAAAGAUUCUGACUGCUUUGAGCCAACUUAUUUAGUAGUCGGCUCCUCGCUUUUUGGCGGGUUGAAGCGCCAUUUGUUCAUGCAGGUAUACGAACUUGAACAAAUCAGGCUUUAGUAUCAGAGUAAACAGGAGUUUCCCCCAUAAGCGUGUAUACGCAACGCUCGUUCCCUUAUCUCAGGGAACCGAGGUUACGUUUGUAACCAGAGCGUUUCUCCCAUCAGUCUAAAUCUAUAGUACUGUCGGAAACACCACAAAGGACUUGUAAUUAUUUAUUUAUAAUGUAUUGGUUAUUUAUUUUGAUAUGUAACAAUUUUGUGUACUGAAUGCACUGUUAGUUUUGUACAUGUUUUUAUUGUAUAGAUAUUUAUUAUUGAUAGAUACAAUCAAAUAAUAAUAGGACUGAAGUUGCAUAACAGACUGUACAAUCACAUAUGGAAGACCCUCCAGUAUAGUUUAAAUAAUAUUAUAGCUAAACUGUGAAAUAAACAGAUUUGUGGAGCUCUAAAAAUGCAAUCAAUUAAAUCACAUACUGUGGAGGAAUGUCUGACACAGGGCUUUGUAGGUAUAUCCAUUACUGAGAAAGUGUAGCUUAAAUUAAGUGAAAUAAAAUAGAAUAUGUUUAUCAAAAUAUUUUAAGUACUGUGUAUAGUAUAAAAUAACAUGAUUUCAUUUACUAAUUUUAAGCAAUGAUAACCAAAUAUCUUUAACCAAUGAAAUUACUGUUUCACUUUAAUAAACAUU